AGCCCGGCCCCCCUAUAUAAGGCCGGGGCUGCGGGCCCUUCCUUUGGGUCAGUGUCGCCUCCGGGAUAGAGACAGCCCCUUUCCGCACAGCCCAGCCAGCAGGCCCCGCACACUGCCACCAUGCCAUUCGGUAACACCCACAACAAGUUCAAGCUGAACUACAAGCCUGAGGAGGAGUACCCUGACCUCAGCAAGCACAACAACCACAUGGCCAAGGUGCUGACCCCUGAGCUCUACAAGAAGCUUCGGGACAAGGAGACUCCAUCUGGCUUCACCCUGGACGAUGUCAUCCAGACAGGUGUGGACAACCCAGGUCACCCCUUCAUCAUGACCGUGGGCUGUGUGGCUGGUGAUGAGGAGUCCUACCAGGUGUUCAAGGAUCUCUUUGACCCCAUCAUCCAGGACCGGCACGGGGGUUACAAACCCACCGACAAGCACAAGACGGACCUCAACCAUGAGAACCUCAAGGGUGGAGACGACCUGGACCCCAACUAUGUGCUCAGCAGCCGUGUCCGCACGGGCCGCAGCAUCAAGGGCUACACACUGCCCCCCCACUGUUCCCGGGGUGAGCGCCGGGCAGUGGAGAAACUCUCCGUGGAAGCCCUCAACAGCCUGACCGGCGAGUUCAAGGGGAAGUACUACCCUCUGAAGAGCAUGACGGAACAGGAACAGCAGCAGCUCAUCGACGAUCACUUCCUGUUCGACAAGCCCGUGUCCCCGCUGCUGCUGGCCUCAGGCAUGGCCCGCGACUGGCCCGACGCCCGGGGCAUCUGGCACAAUGACAACAAGAGCUUCCUGGUGUGGGUGAACGAGGAGGACCACCUCCGAGUCAUCUCCAUGGAGAAGGGGGGCAACAUGAAGGAGGUUUUCCGCCGCUUCUGCGUGGGGCUGCAGAAGAUUGAGGAGCUCUUCAAGAAAGCCGGCCACCCCUUCAUGUGGAACGAGCACCUGGGCUACGUGCUCACCUGCCCGUCCAACCUGGGCACCGGGCUGCGUGGAGGCGUGCAUGUCAAGCUGGCGCACCUGAGCAAGCACCCCAAGUUCGAGGAGAUCCUCACCCGCCUGCGCCUGCAGAAGCGGGGCACAGGUGGUGUGGACACAGCUGCUGUGGGCUCAGUGUUCGACGUAUCCAACGCCGAUCGGCUGGGCUCGUCCGAAGUAGAGCAGGUGCAGCUGGUGGUGGACGGUGUGAAGCUCAUGGUGGAGAUGGAGAAGAAGCUGGAAAAGGGCCAGUCCAUCGACGACAUGAUCCCCGCCCAGAAAUAGGCGUCCAGCCCGCUCGCCGCCGACUGCUGGAGCCC